AUGGACACGGAUGCCUAUCCUCAGUCAGGGACGCUUUUCCGACCGCCGGCGAAGAGAAGAAAGUUCCUUCGACGCCGGGCUGACAACAUGCCGGAGGAGUCCGAUUCUAUGAGUGGUGCAGGCGACUCACUUCCAGAGGCGCCUCGGUCUCGGUCGCAGUCCCCGCGAGAUACGCCACGAGAGACUGCAAGCUCAGCCGACCUUAUUCGCCGGCGACGGCUUCAUCGAGCCCGUAGAGGUGGUAUCGAAUUCUCCGCCACCUCGCGGCAAACGACAGAUGUGGCCAACCAGUCUGCUCUAUCCUCAGCAUCUACGGAAGAGCUCGAGGCGGAGAGGAUCAAGACAAUGUGUGAUCGGUUCACCGCUCAUACAGGGCAAACCGUGGACGUUGACAGACACAUGAUGACUUAUAUAGAAUCAGAAAUGGCCAAGCGAAAUCAACGCGCCAUGCCGAUGGAUGCAGCCGACUCCGAUGCCAUCGGGACCAAAGAAGCCAGUGGUGCACCGUCCUCCUCGGAUCUCCCGCAACGCGAGCCUGCGUCUCUGGGUAAACUGCAUGAAAUCGAUCUGGGCCAGGAAACAAAGUUGGAGAAUAUCGCACGCACAGAGGCGGCCACGAGAAGGCUCGCCGAUGGAGAUCGUGAAGAAGAUGCGCAACCCCGAGAUGACGAAUCUCUCGCGAAGAGCACUCCCACACGAAGGGACAAUAGAUCAUGGCGUCACCAAAAAAGACGGACCAGCGAAGAUGUCCAGCGAGACCGGCUUGUGGAGGAAGUUUUGCGUGAAAGCAGGCUCGAUGUUUAUGAUGAACCCGCGGAAGAGAUUACGGUUGCAGCCGAUGACCAAGCAGCCGAUGAUAGGGUUGCCGAGCAAUUUCGACGGGAUUUCCUUGAUGCCAUUCAGUCCCGUCGCCGGGUGGCACGAGCGCGAAACACGAAAACCACCAAGCCGGAAGCUCCGCGCGGUCCUAAACUAGGAGGUAGUCGCAGUGCCCGAGCUGCGAUGCGCGAGAUGCAGGAUAAAUCUGGGCGGAAAUGA